GGGAUUUGGCGCCCCCCUCCUCGGUGCAACCUAUAUAAGGCUCGCAGUCUGCGCUCCUGGUACACGCGCUUCAACUUCGGUUGGUGUGUGUCGAAGAAAUCUGACUGCGCCCUGAGGAGAACAGCGGAGAAGGUCCACCGAGCCUGGCGAAAGGUCCGCUGAGCGGGCUGUCGUCCGGAGCCACUCCAGGCUGCGGAGCACCCAGUUGAGACCGCGCCUGGCUCAGGUGUGGGACCCCAUCCUUCCUGUCUUCGCAGAGGAGUCCUCGCGUGGUGAGUAUGCGAAAUAAGCGGGUUUUGAAAACAAAAAAAAGAAGGAGUGGAAGAGGGGGCCAGGAUCCAGGCCUCCAUCCCCACAGAAGUGAAGCUACAGCUGGGAGGUCUCCUCCCACCCCAACCGUCACCCUGGGUCCCGACUGCCCACCUCCUCCUCCUCCCCCUCCCCCCAACAACAACAACAACAACAACUCCAAGCACACCGGCCAUAAGAGUGCGUGUGUCCCCAACAUGACCGAACGAAGAAGGGACGAGCUCUCUGAAGAGAUCAACAACUUAAGAGAGAAGGUCAUGAAGCAGUCGGAGGAGAACAACAACCUGCAGAGCCAGGUGCAGAAGCUCACAGAGGAGAACACCACCCUUCGAGAGCAAGUGGAACCCACCCCUGAGGAUGAAGAUGAUGACAUCGAGCUCCGCGGUGCUGCAGCAGCUGCUGCCCCACCCCCUCCAAUAGAGGAAGAGUGCCCAGAAGACCUCCCAGAGAAGUUUGAUGGCAACCCAGACAUGCUGGCUCCUUUCAUGGCCCAGUGCCAGAUCUUCAUGGAAAAGAGCACCAGGGAUUUCUCAGUUGAUCGUGUCCGUGUCUGCUUCGUGACAAGCAUGAUGACCGGCCGUGCUGCCCGUUGGGCCUCAGCAAAGCUGGAGCGCUCCCACUACCUGAUGCACAACUAUCCAGCUUUUAUGAUGGAAAUGAAGCAUGUCUUUGAAGACCCUCAGAGGCGAGAGGUUGCCAAACGCAAGAUCAGACGCCUGCGCCAAGGCAUGGGGUCUGUCAUCGACUACUCCAAUGCUUUCCAGAUGAUUGCCCAGGACCUGGAUUGGAACGAGCCUGCGCUGAUUGACCAGUACCACGAGGGCCUCAGCGACCACAUUCAGGAGGAGCUCUCCCACCUUGAGGUCGCCAAGUCGCUGUCUGCUCUGAUUGGGCAGUGCAUUCACAUUGAGAGAAGGCUGGCCAGGGCUGCUGCAGCUCGCAAGCCACGCUCGCCACCCCGGGCGCUGGUGUUGCCUCACAUUGCAAGCCACCACCAGGUAGAUCCAACCGAGCCGGUGGGAGGUGCCCGCAUGCGCCUGACCCAGGAAGAAAAAGAAAGACGCAGAAAGCUGAACCUGUGCCUCUACUGUGGAACAGGAGGUCACUACGCUGACAACUGUCCUGCCAAGGCCUCAAAGUCUUCGCCGGCGGGAAACUCCCCGGCCCCGCUGUAGAGGGACCUUCAGCGACCGGGCCAGAAAUAAUAAGGUCCCCACAAGAUGAUGCCUCAUCUCCACACUUGCAAGUGAUGCUCCAGAUUCAUCUUCCGGGCAGACACACCCUGUUCGUCCGAGCCAUGAUCGAUUCUGGUGCUUCUGGCAACUUCAUUGAUCACGAAUAUGUUGCUCAAAAUGGAAUUCCUCUAAGAAUCAAGGACUGGCCAAUACUUGUGGAAGCAAUUGAUGGGCGCCCCAUAGCAUCGGGCCCAGUUGUCCACGAAACUCACGACCUGAUAGUUGACCUGGGAGAUCACCGUGAGGUGCUGUCAUUUGAUGUGACUCAGUCUCCAUUCUUCCCUGUCGUCCUAGGGGUUCGCUGGCUGAGCACACAUGAUCCCAACAUCACAUGGAGCAGUCGAUCUAUCGUCUUUGAUUCUGAAUACUGCCGCUACCACUGCCGGAUGUAUUCUCCAAUACCACCAUCGCUCCCACCACCAGCACCACAACCGCCACUCUAUUAUCCAGUAGAUGGAUACAGAGUUUACCAACCAGUGAGGUAUUACUAUGUCCAGAAUGUGUACACUCCGGUAGAUGAGCACGUCUACCCAGAUCACCGCCUGGUUGACCCUCACAUAGAAAUGAUACCUGGAGCACACAGUAUUCCCAGCGGACAUGUGUAUUCACUGUCCGAACCUGAAAUGGCAGCUCUUCGAGAUUUUGUGGCAAGAAAUGUAAAAGAUGGGCUAAUUACUCCAACGAUUGCACCUAAUGGAGCCCAAGUUCUCCAAGUGAAGAGGGGGUGGAAACUGCAAGUUUCUUAUGAUUGCCGAGCUCCAAACAAUUUUACUAUCCAGAAUCAGUAUCCUCGCCUAUCUAUUCCAAAUUUAGAAGACCAAGCACACCUGGCAACGUACACUGAAUUCGUACCUCAAAUACCUGGAUACCAAACAUACCCCACAUAUGCCGCGUACCCGACCUACCCAGUAGGAUUCGCCUGGUACCCAGUGGGACGAGACGGACAAGGAAGAUCACUAUAUGUACCUGUGAUGAUCACUUGGAAUCCACACUGGUACCGCCAGCCUCCAGUACCACAGUACCCGCCGCCACAGCCGCCGCCUCCACCACCACCACCGCCGCCGCCUCCAUCUUACAGUACCCUGUAAAUACCUGUCAUGUCUUUCAGGAUCUCUGCCCUCAAAAUUUAUUCCUGUUCAGCUUUUCAAUCAGUGACUGUGUGCUAAAUUUUAGGCUACUGUAUCUUCAGGCCACCUGAGGCACAUCCUCUCUGAAACGGCUAUAGAAGGUCAGGGCCACCCUGGACUGGCACACAUCCUAAAGCACCAAAAGACCUUCAACAUUUUCUGAGAGCAACAGAGUAUUUGCCAAUAAAUGAUCUCUCAUUUUUCCACCUUGACUGCCAAUCUAACUAAAAUAAUUAGUAAGUUUACUUUCCAGCCAGUCCUGGAAGUCUGGGUUUUACCUGCCAAAACCUCUAUCACCAUCUAAAUUAUAGGCUGCCAAAUUUGCUGUUUAACAUUUACAGAGAAGCUGAUACAAACGCAGGAAAUGCUGAUUUCUUUAUGGAGGGGGAGACAAGGAGGAGGAGGACAUGACUUUUCUUGCGGUUUCGGUACCCUCUUUAGAUCACUGGAGGACCGAGGCCUUAUUAAGGAAGCCAAAAUUAUCGGUGCAGUGUGGAAAGGCUUCCGUGAUCCUCUCGCUGCACCCUUAGAAACUUCACCAUCUUCAAACUCCAUUUCCAUGGUUCUGUUAAUUCUCAAGGAGCAGCAACUCAACUGGUUCUCCCAGGAGCAGGCAAAACCCUUGUGACAUGAAACAUCUCAGGCCUGAAAAGAAAGUGCUCUCUCAGAUGGACUCUUGCAUGUUAAGACUGUGUCUUCACAUCGUGGUGCAAAUCACAUGUACCCAAUGACUCCGGCUUUGACACAACACCUUACCAUCAUCAUGCCAUGAUGGCUUCCACAAAGCAUUAAACCUGGUAACCAGAGAUUACUGGUGGCUCCAGGGGUGUUAGAUGUUCAUGAAAUGUGACCACCUCUCAAUCACCUUCGAGGGCUAAAGAGUAGCAGAUCAAAAGGACUCCAAAAUCCCAUACCCAACUCUUAAGAGAUUUGUCCUGGUACUUCAGAAAGAAUUUUCAUGAGUGUUGUUAAUUGGCUGGAAAAGCACCAGCUGACGUUUUGGAAGAAUCUAUCCAUGUGUCUGCCUCCAUAUGCAUCUGGGCAUUUCACCUUCAGUCCCCUCAUUAGACUGUAGCAUUAGGAUGUGUGGAGAGAGGAGAAAUGAUUUAGCACCCAGAUUCACACUCCUAUGCCUGGAAGGGACAUCUUUGAAGAAGAGGAAUUAGGGCUGUGGACACUGUCUUGAGGAUGUGGACUUCCUUAGUGAGCUCCACAUUACUUGAUGGUAACCACUUCAAAAGGAUUAGAAUCCACAUAAUGAGAAAGGUCCCUCUAGAGGAUGGAGCUAAUGUGAAGCUGCCAAUGGAUGAAAAGCCUCAGAAAGCAACUCAAAGGACUCAAAGCAACGGGCAACACAAGAGUUGUCUUCAGCCCAGUGACACCUCUGGUGCCCCCUGGAAGCUUUGUGCUAACCUGGUACUGCCUGACUUCCUUUAGCCUGGUCCCUUGCUACUACCUUGAACUGUUUUGUCUAACCUCUCUUUUUCUGUUUAAUUCUUUACUACUGCCAUUGACCCUGCUGCAGGAUUUGUGUCAUUUUCCUGCCUGGUUGCUGAGACUCCAUUUUGCUGCCACACACAGAGAUGUAAGAGGCAGGCUUUAAUUGCCAAAACACAGUUUGAGCAGUAGAAAACAACGUGGUGUACAUCUCAAAUUGCCUGACAUGAAGAGGAGUCUAACGGUGAAGUUUCACUUUUCAUCAGCAUCAUCUUUCACACGUUCAUUAUCAUCCGCUCGUAUUCUUGCAUGUUUAAAUACUUAAAAUGUUUAGUAUAAUUUUUAGUGUAAGUGUUUUGAAGUGGUGACUCGGCUUUCAAAAAUUUCCAUUGAAUUACAAAGUACUAUCCAGUUCUUAUUGUUAGAGCUAAACUAAGUAAAAAUGAUAAGUAACAUAGUGUAAAAUAUUCCUUUACUGUGAACUUCUUACAACGCUGUGAAUGAGAGGCUCCUCAGAACUGGAGCAUUUGUAUAAUAGUUCAUCCUGUUCAUCGUCAAUUUUAACAUCAUAUAUAAUUUCAAUUCUAUCAAUUGGGCCUUUAAAAAUCAUAUAAAAGGAUACAAAAUUUCAAAAGAGAAACCUACUUGCUUAUUUAGUCCAAAACAACUUUUUUUUCCUUCAAUGGAAUCAGAAAGCUUGUCAAUCACUCGUGUUUUAAUUACUUUUAAAAUGGUGCAUUUGUGCUUCUGAACUAUUUUGAAGCGUCACUUCUGUUUACCUCAAGUAUCAAUUCAUCCUCCAUACAUUUGAAUUCGAGUUGUUUUGUGUCAAAUUUACAGUUGUCAAUUGAUCUUCAAGCUGCAGGGUGCCUAGAAAUGGGCCGUUGUCUGUAGCCCUGGCAUGUGCACACGGACAUUUGCCACCACUGCAAGCAAAAGUCUAGAGAAGUUUGCCAACGACAAGAAUGACCAGGGAAAAUACGCUGCUGUGGGUUAACAACUCAGAAAGUCCCUGAUCCACAUUUGGCUGUUUACUAAAGCUUGUGAUUAACUUUUUGGCAGUGUGUACUAUGCUCUAUUGCUAUAUAUGCUAUCUAUAAAUAUAGAUGUUAAGGAUAAGUAAUUCUAAAUUUAUUAUUCUAUAGUUUUGAAGUUUGGUUAAGUUUCCUUUCACUCAAUUGAUUUAUUUUGUUGUUAAUCAAAUUUAUGUUAAUUGGAUCCUUUAAAUUUUUUUGGCAUUUUCCAACAAAAAUGGCUUUAUUCAUAAGAAAGGAAAAAAUCAAUGGAAUUUGAUAUCUAAAGAAGUUAGAAAGGGAGCAAAAUAAAAAACGUUAAGGAUAUAGAUGAAUUAUUAAGCAAAAUCAGUAGUCGAGUUUUUCAAACUGGCAAAAUUAAUUAAUUGACUUUUGGCCCAAAUUUACAUUGUUAAUUAAAUCAAGAAGGAAGAAGAUCUAAGAGCUCUCAUUGAUAGGCAAGCCUAGAGAGAACUAGCUAAAUUUAUCAUGCUAGGAUAUUGAAACAGAGAAAGUUUACAUACAUUUCUGAAGGGUCAUUUUAGUUUGGAGAGUGAGGUAUUUGUCUUAGAUAGUGGAAAAAAGGAGAAUUAGUCUGAUCAAAUCGUGAAGUAAUACAGUGAACUUGCAGGUGCACAAAAUAAGAGGGCCACAUCUAUAUGGUGCAGUCUGGAAUUCUGUUUAAGUUUGCAGGUACCUCUUGGACUUCUGAAUUGAUCCAGUUGUCAUCCACCACAGACAUCUCACAUCAGAUACAGACAGUUCCAAGAUUGACAACAGAGAACAACCUGCUGGAAAGACCCGGGCAGAAAUGGAGAGCCCUGCGGGAACCAUGCUACAUUUUCAUCUAAAGAGAGAACGCACAUCUGAUGAGACUGAAAGUUCUUUGUUGUUUUAGAUUGUAGGAUGGUAUUGAAUUGGUCUGUGGAAAAUUGCAUUGCUUUUAUUUCUUUGUGUAAUCAAGUUUAAGUAAUAGGGGAUAUAUAAUCAUGAGCAUUUUAGGGUGGGAGGGACUAUUAAGUAAUUUUAAGUGGGUGGGGUUAUUUAGAAUGUUAGAAUAAUAUCAUGUAUUAGAUAUCGCUAUAAGUGAACAUGUGUACUUACCUGUGACCCUUUACCCUAUAAUUGCUAUCUCCUUAAAGAUUUCAAAUAAACUCGGAGGGAACUGCAGGGAGACCAACUUAUUUAGAGCGAAUUGGACAUGGAUAAAAACCCUAGUGGGAGAAAGUUCAAAGGUGAUUAGAUUAAUAAUUUAAUAGAGGAUGAGUGCCCUCUGAUAAAUUACUGCUAGAAUGAGCUUGUCAACGAUGGAUGGUAAAUUUUCAUGGAAGUUAUAAAAGUGAUAAAUGAAAACCCUCGCUUUUACCCCUGUCAGUAGCCCUCCUUCUACCACUGAACCCCAUUACCCCUACCCCUCAUUCAACUUUAUUGCUGUAUUCUCUUCACUCUAUAUUGCUCUCUAUUUGCUAAUAUUGCAUUGCUGUUACAAUAAAAAUUCAAUAAACAUUUAGUGGUUAAGUGCAAA